UCUCUCUUUUUGCCGCGUGUCUUUUCAAUGUACGUUUGCUCAGAACAGUGGGAACAGUAAAAACAUUUUUGUUGAAUCAUUUUUUGUUAAUCCAGUACAUGUACUAUGUUCAUUCCUCCAUCAGUCAUCAGUGUACCAGAAGGGGACUUCUUUUUCGACUUCGUCCGGCAUCUUACUGACUGGAUUCGCAAGGCCAGGCCAACGAGAGAUGGAUCUAUACCUCAGUUCACGUACCAAGUGUUCUUCAUGAAGAAGCUCUGGACGAACACCAUACCUGGGAAGGACAAGAAUGCAGACAUCAUCUUCCACUUUCACCAGGAACUGCCCAAGUUGCUUCGUGGCUACCACAAGUGCACUAAGGAAGAGGCAGCCAAACUCGCUGCCCUUAUAUACAGGGUUCGAUUUGGGGAGAGCAAGGUGGAACUGCAGGCUGUCCCGUCCAUGCUCAGAGAGCUUGUUCCUGCAGACAUGAUCAAGGCACAGAGUGCCAAUGACUGGAAGAGGGCUAUCGUAGCUGCUUAUAACCAGGAUGCUGGAACGUCGCAAGAAGACGCCAAGAUUAUGUUCUUGAAAAUCAUCUACAAAUGGCCAACAUUUGGCUCAGCAUUCUUUGAAGUCAAGCAAACUACGGAGCCAACAUACCCAGAGCAGCUGUUGAUUGCCAUUAACAAGCAGGGAGUGAGUUUGAUUCAUCCAGUUUCCAAGGAUAUCCUAGUCACCCACCCAUUCACGCGCAUCUCCAAUUGGAGCAGCGGGAACACUUACUUCCACAUGACCAUUGGCAACCUGGUGCGCGGCAACAAGCUGCUAUGCGAGACACCCCUUGGCUACAAAAUGGAUGACUUACUGACUUCAUACAUCAGCCUGCUGCUGACAAACAUGAACAAACAAAGGACUCUGCGAGUGAAGCAGUGAAAUGCAAGCUGGCACGCCGUCCAAUGUAAUAGCAGCUUUUGUCGCCAAGCUGUUCAUAUGCUGCCAUGGGAAUAUCGUUCUGCAAUUUUUAUACGCGUGCGCAUUGAAAUGCCAGCACGCACGACAACAGUUUAACAGAGGGUCAGGGUUUUCACUCAUGCAAAACUUGACGGCAGUUUGCGCAUCUUUUAUCACCUUGUGCCUGCUGUUAUGUCUGUCGAAACAGCGUUUCACUCCAAGAGGCUGCUAAGUGUGAUGUCCGUCCAUGCAGGUGCGCUGAGCAUGGCUCAGUUUGUCACCCUUAAGCAAGCGACACAAGUAUGUUAGUGUUUACUUGUCAAUACUAUACGCAUAAGACUGAGUGGGAAGUGCAGCCCUUCUCCUUUCCCCUCGUCGGUCCAGUACUGUUAAUGAGAGUCUACACAAGGCAGCGGCACAUGUGAAGAUGAACUUCGGUUUUCACCACUUACACACACCUUACAGUAUGCAGGGUUCUGUUGUUUUUUUUCUUAUCUUCCUUCUCAUUCACUUUACGUUGAAGCCUUGGAAAGGCAGUCAUUCUUGACCUGACAGCCUGUCGAUAUUCUUUUUGUUUGUAUGAAAACGUGAUGACAUUUUAUUUAUCUCUUAUGUAGGACCCAACUCCACUCAUGACAUUUUUUUGUGAUUGUUCGCGGUGUAAGAAUUCGUUGCAGGCAAGUUGCAACUUUUUCUUCUUGACAGUGUGAAAAAUCAAAAAUUCGCAGCCAAGCUGCUCUUUUUUUUCUUAUUUUUUUAUUUCGUUUUUGACAUGUACUUCUCAGAGUUGUGAACAUAGAUAGAAGGCAGCAGAGAGCCUGUGUGCUCUCACUUGUGGCAGCCAAUAUUUCCACUGUACAAAAUAUACUGCGACGAACAUCUCUGCAGCACAUUCCAGCGUGGAGGGUGUGGUAACGUCAAGUAAUCGCAAACUUCUGUAAAUGAAUGAACGUACAUUCCAGACAAUAAAAGCAAGAAUAACAGA